AUGCCUCCGAUGCCGCCCAGUGCCCAACGGCAUGUGAAGAUGGGAAUGUUGAUGGGAGGAACUGUCGGAGGCAUAAUGGGGUUCAUUUAUGGCACCGUCACUAUCUUCCAGUAUGGCGCAGGACAAGCGGGCGUCAUGCGAACGUUGGGCAAAUAUAUGGUGGGCUCAGGAGCAACAUUCAGCGUCUUCAUGGGCAUCGGCAGCAUCAUUCGCACGGAUACAACUCGCCAGGGCGCCUCAGUAUGGGCCCGAUCGCAUUACCCACCUCUAGUACACCCGAGAAGAGAUCGACUACCAGCUCCAAAGCAGCGAUGA